AUGAGCCGCAGUCAAAAUCCAUUGAAAGGCGAUUGGAUCUGUUCAGAUUCCAAAUGUGGGAAUACGAAUUCUGGAAAGUGGGAUAGUUGUCGCCGAUGUGAUAAACGGAGGAAAGGCACACAGAAUGCUAAUGGUGCCGAAGGUCUUGGAAAAGAAGGGGCCGCCAAGAGUAAAGGACUGUUCAGUCCCGAUGAUUGGAACUGCAAA